UCUACUAUGCAAAUAUUCCUCCUCUCAAAACCACAAAACUGUGCUUUCUUCUUUGUUCCACUUUCAAGCACAUUAAUUAACUAAAAUAUAAAAAGUAUCAUCUUUACGAACAAAAGCAAAUUAAUCCAACCGGAGAAAUUAAAGAUGGUGCAAGAAGUAGCAGCAGCAGCUAGGGAAAGUGUGAUAGUUGUGAUGGAUGCUAAUAGAAGUAAAGGAAACAUGGAUGCAUUAGACUGGGCUCUUAAACAUGUCGUUCGCCGCCAAGAUACUGUUAUUGUUAUUGGAGUUUCUAGUGACUUAGGAAAGAAGAACUCUUGUUUUCCUCUUAACAUGGGUAUUAGCAUCUCUGGAAUAUGGGAAAGAUUGGAGUUUUCAAGCCAAGGACAAGGAGAAGCUAGACCAAGAGAACUUGGAGAAGAAAUUGAGAGAAAAAAAGAACAAUAUCAGAAUAACCUCCAACCAUUCUACAGACAGUGCAAAAAGAAUGAGGUGAACAUGGAAGUUAAACUUGCUUUUGGAUUUUGUCCUGAGAAAAUUACAGUUGAACAAGCUCAAAACUCAAAUCCUCGUUGGAUUGUAUUAGACAGUUAUUUGAAGAAACACAAGGUAAUCAUUUAUGCACAUAUAGGAUGCAACAUUGCAGUAAUGAAAGAAAAAGAUGUAGCAACUUUAACACCAGCAAAAGCUCCUCCCCCUCGAAGUUGCACCCAAACUAAUAAUUCUGAUUUCAUCAUUAAAAAACCUGAAGGCAGUAACAGUAAUAAUCAAGAAGGUUUAAAUAAUCCCGUUCAAGAAGAAGAAGGCUCAUCUGCACAAGCUCGAAGUCCUUGUUGGUAUCCAUUGUCAUGGAGAAGUGGAUAUCCUCGUGCAUUUUCACAAACUGAGCUCGAAGAGAUAACAAAUGGUUUUGCGCAAGAGAAUUUUCUUGCUGAAAUUGAUAACACUAAAGUUUAUGAAGGAGUGCUUGAAGAAACUCCUGUUUUGGUUAGGUCUUUCUCGGAAAAUGAUGAACGCUUUUGGACAACGCUUAAGAUCCUUUCUCGAGUUCGACACAGAAAUGUAUCAAGUCUUGUUGGGUAUUGCUGCACUGGAACUUCUGCUUUCUCGCUCUCCGAUUACCCUUGCUUGGGAACUCUCGAAAUGAACCUGCUAAGUGAUGACUUAGCCAGGAACCUUUCAUGGAAAGCAAGAUGGUAUAUUGCAGUAGAAAUAGGUGGAAGCCUGCGUUAUCUACACGAAGAGUGUGUUGAUGGAGGAGCCAUUGUUCAUCUAUCUGUUUGUUCCUGUAAUAUUGUUUUCUCUAGUGGUUGCUCUACUAUGCUUGCUAACUUUGUAACUGCUAGAUGGCUUAAAGAUGAUGCUUCCACCAAUAAUGAAGAUUCUGAAGCUGAGUGUGUAAAUCUAGAAAUAGAUGAAGGUUGUGCUAUUGAUGUACAUGAUUAUGCGGUUUUGCUUAUUGAGCUAAUUAGUGGAAAGAGUGCUCGUUGGUAUCAAAAUAAGAGUGGAGGUCAAAGUUUGAAUCAAUGGGCAUUGCCACUUCUCGAAGGUCAUCUGAUAAGUGAAGUGUUAGAUCCUAGACUGGAAGAUACCAGUGAUACAAGGGCAGUUCAUCAUAUGAUCAAGGCUGCUUUACUCUGCUUGAAAAAUGAUAUGGGUCAGAAGAUUUCUAUGAGUGAGGUCUUAGCUGUAGUUCGUGGAGAUAAGCUUGCAAUGGCUAAAUGUUGAAGUUCCUUAAUUAAGGACUGGUAAAAAUAAUUGUCAUUCAGAAUCAUGACAAGAUAUUUUUCUUGCACAGGAUGGAGAACAAGUUAAAAAUGACUUGCUUUCAGCUUUUUCCUUUUUCCAACUUUUCUUAAGAUAAAUUUCAAAUAUUAAGGACAUGGGAAGAUAACUUUAAAUAUAACCUACAUGGUCUUCAACCAAUACCCAUAUCUUUAUUUUUCCUUCAAGAGCUAGUGCUAAUAUACAUAUAAUAUAACUAUAGUCUGUUCUUCCAAUAUAUUAGUUA